AGUCGUGCAAACAAUAUUGCGCUGAAACUGUGCUCUGCACCAAAUGCGAAGUGAUUCAGAUAGAUAACCCCACCGAAUACGACGGCUCUGAUGCCCUAUCAUUCUUUAUCAUUAUAAUUAUGCUCCGUUUUCUGCAAGGGAAAACAGUGUCGAUUCGAGUGUGUUCUGUGUACGUUGUACAAUAUUCAGAAUUGUGGGAACUCCCUCAAAGGCCAUGUAUCCAUCAUCGUCAUCCGCCACCGAUUGGUGGAUAUGCAUCGUCACGCCGUGUUUGGUCGCGGUGACGAUCACUUAUUAUUUUUGCAUUUCAACGUUCAACAAAUGGGAAAAACUCAACGUGCCCUACAUCAAGCCGAUUCCGUUGUUCGGAAAUUUUUUGAAAGUAGCUUUGGCGAAAGACCACCCGUUGGAGUUCUACGAUAAAAUCUAUUACAAGUUUUCCGGUCUGAAAUAUGGAGGAUUGUUCCAGAUGAGGACACCGUAUUUGAUGGUUCGUGAUCCAGAAAUAAUCAACGACGUGUUGAUAAAAGACUUCUCGUCUUUUCCCAACCGCGGUAUUUACUCGGAUUUAGCGGCGAAUCCACUGUCGGACAACUUGUUCUUCAUGGAAAAUCCUCGAUGGAAAACAAUAAGAAGCAAAUUGAGUCCCGCAUUCACAUCGGGAAAGCUCAAGAUAAUGUAUGAUCAGAUCAAAGAGUGCGGCGAUAAAUUGAUGAAAAACAUCGAUAACGAUUUAAAGGGGAACAACGAUGAAAUAGAAGUUAGGGACAUCAUGGGAAAGUAUUCGACUGACGUUAUUGGCACUUGCGCUUUUGGGCUCAAGUUAAACUCCAUAAGUGACGAUGAAUCCCCAUUUCGUAAGUACGGAAAAUCGAUAUUUAUACCUUCACUAAGGACGCUUUUUAGAGAAUUGUGCUUGAUGGUCACACCCACACUUUUGAAAAUUGUAAGAGUGAAGGAUUUCCCAGCGGACGCGACUGCCUUUUUUCAAGCGGCGUUUAAAGAAACGAUAGCGUAUAGACUUGAAAAUAAAAUAAUCAGAAAUGACUUCGUUAAUUGUUUGAUGCAAGCAAGAAAUGAUUUGACUCUGAAUACAAAUUUACCUAAACAUGAACGAUUUACAGAAACACAAAUUGUAGCAAAUGCUUUUGUAAUGUUUGCUGCUGGGUUUGAAACAACGUCAACAACUUUAAGUUAUUGCUUAUAUGAAUUAGCAUUGAAUAUAUAUAUUCAAGACAAAGUACGACAAGAGAUUCAGUUAAAUUUAUCCAAAAAUGAUGGAAAUAUUGACAACGAGUUUUUGAUGGGUCUUAAUUACUUGGAUAUGGUUAUUGCGGAAACGCUCCGUAAGUAUCCUCCUUUAAUUGCUUUGUUCAGAAAAGCAUCACAAACAUACCGUUUACCUGACAACCUAAUACUGGAAAAAGGCCAAAAAGUAGUAAUUCCAAUUUAUUCGAUGCAUUUCGAUAGUAAAUAUUUUGAGGAUCCUCAAAAAUUCAAUCCCGAAAGAUUUUCACCUGAGGAAAGAGCUAAACGUCCUAAUAGUGUUUAUCUUCCAUUUGGAGAUGGACCUAGAUCUUGUAUAGGAAAACGUUUCGCUGAACUGGAAAUGAAAUUGGCAUUAGUCGAAAUGUUAAACAAAUUUAAAGUUUUACCAUGUGAAAAAACAGAAGUUCCCCUGAAAUAUUCUAAUAAAGCUUUAACGUUGAUGCCAAAACAUGGAAUUUGGUUAAAAUUUCAAAAAAUUGUUUAAUUUUAGUUAAGGAUUGUAUUUGUAUUACUUAUGUAUAUGAACAAAAAAAAUGAUAGUUUGUACCCUGAGAAAAUUAAAAUUGCAUAAUUUCAACAAUAUUAUAAUCAUAUGUCUUGACUUUCGUGAGUAUAACAUUUUUAAAUACUCUUUAAUAAUAAAUUAUUAAUAUAUUUCAA